AUGCACGCGGUGUACGGUGCUGCUGCUGUGGCGCCGCCUGUAGCGGCGGUGACGGCCGCGCCGGCGCCGGCGCCGGCGCCCGUUCACCUCCCUGCAAGCGUUCAGCACCCCGCUUACGAUGCGGCUCGCCAGGUGGCACCAGCGGUGACCGCUCAGCCUAUGGCCAUGGUCGCCCCUCCUGUUGUGCACGGGGUAGCUCCAAAGGCAGCACCGCCGCCGGCGCUGGCUGUAUCUGUACACCCUGGAGCCGGCUCUGCGCCGCCGCCGUCGGUGAUGGCUGCGACUGGGCACCCUGGUAUUGUCUCUGCCGCGCCGCCAGCGAUGGCUGUGGCUGGACACCCUGGAAAUGUCUCCGCCCCGCCGCCCGCGCAGGCUGGGGCUGGACACCCUGGAACCGUCUCUGCCGCGCCGUCGGCGAUGGCUGCGACUGGGCACCCUGGUAUUGUCUCUGCCGCGCCGCCGGCGCAGGCUGUGGCUGGGCACCCUGGAACCGUCUCUGCCGCGCCACCAGCGCAGGCUGUGGCUGGGCACCAUGUCUCUGCCGUGCUGCCAGCGCAGGCUGUGGCUGGGCACCCUGGAACCGUCUCUGCCGCGCCGCCAGCGCAGGCUGUGGGUGGGCACCCUGGUAACGUCUCUGCCCCGCCGCCGGCGCAGGCUGUGGGUGGGCACCCUGGAAACGUCUCUGCCGCGCCGCCGGCGCAGGCUGUGGCUGGGCACCCUGGAAACGGGCCGGCGCCUCCACCGGCUGCGGUCCCAGCGACAGCCGCAGGAAGAACAAGUGGAGAAGGAGGAGCAAGUGGAGAACGAGGAGCAGCGGAAGGAGAGGGAGGUGAUGCAGGAGGGGGCGGGGGAGAAGCGGAAGGGCCGCAAAAGAACGAGGCCGCAGCAGCGCCCCGCCUCGCCGGGAAGAGACCGAGGGGGUCGAUGGCCGCGUCUGCCAACAAACGAGCGAAGGAGAUGCAACUGAGGGACUUCAUGCUGGCCGUCGACGAGUACGGGUCUACCGUGCCCGGAGAGGCCACCAGGUUCCACCUGCAGAGGGGGGGGCUGACCACCUCCAACAGCCAGAUAGUGACGUUGAUGUCCUUGGCGGCUGACCAUCUGGUGGCGAGCAUCGUGCACGAGAGCUCCAUCUUUCGGAAUGUUCGCCUCCAGCAGGCAAGGGAGCAAGGCAGAGAGGCGGCCGAGCUGCUGGGAGAGGAGGGCCAGAUGCUCACGAACGAAGACUUGUCGCUGAGCUUGCUAAGCCGGGGUAUCGUUGUUUCUGAUAGCGGGCUGCUCGUCAAGGCCGCAGGGCCAGCCGCCGUCGCCGCUGCAGACCCCGCCGGAACCGGGAAGGACGACCGGUGA